AUGGCAGAUGAUGCCCUGAGGCAGCAGUUAGAAAAAACCCGUGAGGCGUUUGAGACACAGAAUUAUCAAGAGUGCGAGGCUAUUCUCCAGGCGAUGCCGAAGGAUGACUUGCAGACGCAGCACAACCUCGCCAUUGUGCGGCUGCUGCAGAACCGCGCGGAUGUCGAGCAGACCAUCGCGGCGCUUGCCGACAACUCCUCCGACGGUCUCCCCGCGCCGGGCGAGAAGGAGGCGCGGCCGCCCAUCACGCUUCUGUACGAGGGGCACGAGACGGCGCACUUUAACCGCGCCCUUCUUCUUGCAAGAUCUGGGCUUGUGCACGAGGCUGCCGCCAUUCUCCGUGCGUUGCUGGGGAUGCACGGCAGCAUCUCCCUCCCGGUUCUGGGACGCGCGCUUUGCCUUUUCCAGACCAUCACGGCCGGAACGGCAGGCGGCCGCAACCGGCAACGUUCCGACGAGGAAUUGGUUCAGAAGGUGGUUACUGAAGAUUUAAGUAAACUCACAAAGGAUCCUGCACUCCAUCGCAUGGUGAACGUGGCAUUCUCUGACGUCAGCAAUAUUCACGAGGUGCCGCACAAAUCAGAUGCGGAGUGGGCAGUGUACUUUAACAACCUCGGUGUUUUGACUAUGGGUGACUCCAAAAUGAAUGUGGCGUCGCUUUGUUUCGCAAAGGCAGAGAAGUCUGCGACACAAUGCAACGCCCUCUUGAUGCGGCAGCCUAUAGUGUACAACGCUGGUCUUUGUGCACUACUGAGAGGGGAGUAUGACAGCGCCAUAACAUGUUUUCUUUCUGUGCAAGAACUGAUGAAGAAUUCCCCUAUUUUUUGGGUGCGCUUCGCGGAGGCCGCCGUUGGCAAAUUGCAGGCGCAGAUGCGUGCAAAGAAUCUCGAGGAGUAUGAGCGCAUGCAGGAUCACUUUUCAGAGCAACUGCAGGGUGGUAAGAUGCUUCCUAACUAUGAAUUCCUUAUUUUACCAGGUGCUGUCAUCACGCAGGGACCACUUGUGGAUCCAAAGGAUAGCUCAGUUGGUACAGCGUUAGAGAACCUAGCGUGUAUUGCUGUGCAGAAUGCUUUACUGCUGUUGCUUCCGCAGGGCCACACCGCUGUUAGUGCUAUAGAGGCGUUUCCACACAACGUGCAGCUUAUUCAUUUUGCGCUGUUCUAUUGGUGCGCCCUCGAGGUUUCCCGCAAGAAUUAUACCGUCGUUGCCAACGUGGGGUAUGACCUCCUUAGCUUGCACGAGCGCCGUCCGCUCUCUCCAAAUCUGUACGCCGCCCUUCUUUCCUACAUGGUGGAGGCGUUGGUGCAUUUGAAUGAGCCAGAUCGGGCCAUGAAGGUGCUGCGCCGCGUUACACUGUCGAACCUCGUUGUCUCUUCUUCAUCGGAGCAGCUGGACAGUCACCAGCAAAGUCGUGUGGAGGCACUGUUCAUCAACCUGGCUAUCACGCACAUCGCGAACGGUUCAUGGAACCAGGCUUCCUCCGUUGUAGAGUCUCUACUGGCGAAGAUAUGCGAAAGCCGUGCCGCAAAAGAGAAGGAGCUAGCCCAAGGCAGUAACAGCAAGAGCAGCAACACCAACAGCAGCAACAGCGGUGGCGGCAGUAGCAGCAGCAGCAGUCAAAGCGUGGCUCUUGCCUACCAUCUGCUAGUUAUUUUCCUCGAGUUGGCCCAGGGCAACCAGGAGAAGGCGCAGGAGGGCCUGCAGCGUUUCUCAUGGACCGCCUGA